AUGAGACCUGAGGGUGGUAUGGAUGACAAUCUGCUGAAGGUAUCGUCAAAGAGGUUGAUGGGCAGAGUUGCAGUUAUAACUGGUGGUGCAAGAGGGAUUGGAGCAGCCACAGCAAAACUAUUUUUCGAUAAUGGGGCCCACGUUGUCAUCGCGGAUAUACUGGAUGAAUUGGGUUCGACUCUCGCUGAUUCUAUAGGAGGCCGCUACAUACACUGUGAUGUAGCCAAGGAAGCCGAUGUGGAAUCAGCAAUCAAGCUUGCACUAACAUGGAAAGGGAAACUAGACAUUAUGUUCAACAAUGCUGGCAUUGCAGGCCCUGGAGGGAGCAUCACCAACAUCAAUAUGGAACAUAUGAUGACCCUAAUUACUGUGAACGUAAAUGGCGUUGUGCAUGGAAUAAAGCACGCUGCACAGGCAAUGAUCACGGGUCAAAAAGGAGGCUCAAUCAUAUGCUCGUCGAGCUCAGCAGCCAUUAUGGGAGGACUAGCAUCACAUGCCUAUACAUUGUCGAAAGAGGCUAUUCUUGGGAUAGCUAAGAGUACAGCAUGUGAAUUGGGGGUCCAUGGGAUUCGUGUGAACUGUGUCCUACCACACGGUGUGCCCUCCGAGAUGCUGGUGAGUGCCUACCGGAAGAUUCUUGGGAAGACCGAUCUGAGUCCUAAAGAGGUGAGUGAGAUCGUGGCCGAGAGGGGGAGUUUGCUGCGAGGAAGAGCAGCAAGCAUGGAAGACGUUGCCCAAGCUGUAUUGUUUCUAGCUAGUGAUGAAGCUGGAUACAUAACAGCCCACAAUCUUGUUGUUGAUGGAGGAUAUACUUCUGCUUGCAGUCAGAUGAGUUUCAUCUACCAAAGCUAA